AUGAGCUGGCCAUGGCAUGAUUGGCAUGGCAAGGGGCAUUGGCACCAUUGGCAUCAUCAGCACCAUGGCCGAGAUUGGUCUCAUGGGUGGCCCAAGUGGCACGGCCAUCAGGACUGGCAUCAUUGGCAGCCGUGGCACGACUGGAGCGACUGGAGCUGGCACGAAGACAAGGGCAAAGGCAAGGGCAAGGGCAAGACGUUGGAUGCGGCAACGCUGGCUCAGUAUUCGUCCGCUGAGCUCACCACCGAUGGCGUGUUGGGCUGCGGGGCCAGCGGAGUGACCCUGAGAGGCCGCUUUCGAGUGGCCGGAGAGACUGUGCCGGUCGCCGUGAAGACAAGCAGCAACUCCAGCGAGCUGGAGGUUCUCAAGCGGAUUGCCGCCGGCGCCGCUUCCGUCGCCGUUUCCGGCGUGGUGCCUGUCCUGGCGAUUGACCAUGCCACUGCCCUGGGCUCGGUGCAGGUUCUGCAAUUGGCAUCCCACGGCACGCUGGGGAACGUGCUCGACAAGAACGGCGUGCGCUGCAGCGGUACUUUGCUGGCCAUGAUCGAGAGCAUGGCCAUAGGCUUGUCGGAGCUUCAUAUGCUGCAGAUCCUGCACUGCGACCUGAAACCCGAGAACGUGGCGAUCCACGCGACAGGCGGCGGCACCGCUGAGCUAUGGCUCAUCGACUUUGGGGAUGCCAGGCUUGCGGAUGACUGGUCUGAGUGGCACCUGCAGGGUCCUGGGGACCCCGCCAUCAAAUGCAAGCCCGACGUUCAGUCCAACAACUUCUCGGAAGCCACGGACAUGUGGUGUCUGGCACAAACCGUCGCCUGGCUCUUCGAGGGGCGGCAGCCCCACAAUCCGGCGCAUCUCAGCGGCCAGAUGCCGAUGAGCCAACUUUUGUCCUGGUGCCUGUCCUGGUCACCCAAGGACCGCCCCACCGCGCCGUCGGUGGUCCAAGCGGCCCAAGACGAGCGCCGCGAGAUCGGGGAGGUGCCGCGGGCCUGCUGGACCCUGCGUGAGCCGAGCUUCGAAUUCGGCGACUUCGCCGGCUGCAAGGUUUUGACAUUUGCGUCGGCCGUACAGGUUGAGACAUCGCCCUGGGUUCGGUAUCCAGAUCUCCAGUGGGGCAGGUCGCGGGACCGGCAAGAGAUCAACGCAAGCCUGGCGCCGGAGGUGGCGGCGCUGCACGGGCGGCUGACCGCCAUCCGGGCCGAAGUGGCGCGAGUGCUGCAGGAGCUCCAGCAGUGCGACGAGUCGGACCCAGCGCUCCAGGCGCAGCUCCGGGUGCUGCUGGCGGAGCUGUCCAACGUGCGCAGCGACGCCGCGCUGGUGGCCUCCGCAGGAGCAACAGGUGGCAGCCCUAGCUGGCAAAGCUCCAGCUGGCGUCGGCCGCAGGCUGAGGUGCCAGAGUCCGAGACGCGGGACCCACGGGACCCACGGGAACCAGGCACCCCAGCCUCGGUGUUCGUUUGCCCACAUUUGGCGGGCGACCUGACCUUUGGACAGCAUGCCCCGGUGCCCAACGGCACCGCCGGUUGGGCCUCCUCUCGGCCUUCAUCUGCCUCCAGUUGGGCGGAGGACCGGUACAAGGUGCCGGGCCCUCAGGGCCACGGCUCGCGGCCAGCGGAGCCCAUGGCGGACCGAGACCGAACCCAGCGCCUGCCGCGGCCCUCGCGGUCCAAGCUGGAGGAGUCGGCCGGGCGCAGAGAGUCGCUUUGGCGGUGA